AUGGCGGCACCCAUAACUCCUGAAGACCAGGCGAGGCUCCUUGAGGAUGCUCUCAUCGCCGUGCGGCAACAGACGGUUUUGAUGCGAAAGUGUUUGGACACACCUGGAAAACUAAUGGACGCCCUGAAAUGCUGCUCAACACUCGUCUCUGAGCUGCGGACGAGCAGCCUCGGCCCCAAGCAGUACUACGAGCUCUACAUGUCCGUUUUCGAUGCCCUGAGAUACCUCUCCGUUCACCUGCGCGAGAACCACCCGGUCAAUCACCUGGCCGAUCUUUACGAACUCGUGCAGUAUGCAGGAAACAUCAUCCCCCGCCUCUAUCUAAUGGUCACGGUCGGCACAGCCUACAUGAGCAUCGAGGGCGCGCCGGUAAAGGAGCUGAUGAAAGACAUGAUGGACAUGAGUCGAGGCGUCCAGCAUCCGGUACGGGGCCUCUUCCUGCGAUACUACCUUUCGGGCCAAGCGCGCGACUCCCUGCCGAUGAGCGACGGCGAUGGCCCGGAGGGAAACUUGCAGGACUCUAUCAGCUUCAUCCUGACCAACUUUGUCGAGAUGAACAAGCUGUGGGUGCGCUUGCAACACCAGGGUCAUUCGCGCGAGCGCGAGCAGCGCACACAAGAGCGCAAAGAGCUGCAGCUUCUUGUCGGCACCAACAUUGAGCGGCUCAGCCAGCUGGUCGACCUGGAGACAUACAAGAACACCAUUUUGGCCCCAUUGCUGGAGCAGGUGGUGCAGUGCCGAGACGUCUUGGCCCAGGAGUACCUCCUGGAGGUCAUCACCCAGGUUUUCCCCGACGAGUUCCACCUGCAUACACUCGACCAGUUUCUGGCUGCCGUCUCCAAGCUUAACCCUCACGUCAAUGUCAAGGCUAUCGUGGUCGGCCUGAUGAACCGCCUCUCCGACUAUGCUGAGCGGGAAGCCCAGAGCCGUCCGAACGACAACCGCGAGAAGAUGGAAGAGGACGCUCUUGCGGCCCUGCUGGAGAAAACCACGCUUAGCGAUACCUCCGUCGUGGAGGCUGCCCCUGCCGAACCCACUCGCUCAGAAGCGUCGAACUCUGCUCUCUUCGGCACAGAGGAUAGUGCUGGUGCUGAGGACACAGACAAAGUCGUGAAGCCCGAAGGCGACGAUAGUUUGUCAACUGCAGAGACGUUCGAAACCACCCCUUCUACCGCCGAGACAGACGUUACUGCUGUUAACGGGAGCGAGGCCGACGAAGUGGCAGAUGAACAUACCGAGCCAGAGAGGACCAGUGGCGGAAACGGAGACGCUGCUGAAGCUAUUGCCACCAAUGUUCAUCUGUACGAAGUGUUCUUCGGGCAGGUGAAGUCGCUCGUCUAUGCCCAACACCUGCCGAUCCACGAUUCUAUCGCAUUGCUGGUUUCAUUGACAAACCUGGCUCUCAACAUCUAUCCUGAUCGCUUGGACUACGUCGACCAGAUCUUGUCCUUUGCCACGACUAAGGUCAACGAGAGCACUAAUAGCCCAGACUUGCACUUACCAGCUGCACAGCAGAGCCUGCUGGCCCUUCUUCUGGCGCCGAUCAAGCACUACGUAUCCAUUUUCACUGCCCUGGCGUUGCCGACAUACGUGCCUUUACUCCAGGCACAGACGUAUCCGACAAGAAGAGCUGUGGCAGGAGAGGUGGCGCGCAGCCUGCUGAAGAACCAGACGAAGAUCACGACACCCGAGCAGCUAGACAAUGUUCUUGAGGUGCUAAAGGUCUUGAUAACGGAGGGCUCACAGCAGCCGGCCGGCUAUCCAGGGGUGGCACAGCAGCAGAGGCCACGCACCUUCGAGACGGACGAGACGCUCGAAGAGCAAGGCUGGCUGGCCCGUCUGGUGCAUCUCAUAAACGCCGAGAAGAACGACACACAGUUCGUCUUGCUGCAGGCUUUGCGCAAAGCGUACGCCGACGGCAACGAGCGCAUCCGUAUCACGACACCACCGCUGAUCACGGCCGGCCUGAAGCUGGCCCGGCGGUUCAAGGCGCGCGAGCACUACGAAGACAACUGGUCAACGCAGUCGUCGGCGCUGUACAAGUUCCUGCACUCGACCGUGUCCGCCCUGUAUGCGCGUUUGAACAGCGGUGGCGGAGCCGAGCUGGCGUUGAGGCUAUUCUGCAUGUGUGGGCAGACCGCCGAUAUUACCGGCUUCGAGGAGGUGGCGUACGAAUACUUCGCACAGGCAUUCACCGUGUACGAGGAGGCCGUGUCAGACUCCAAGGCACAGUUCCAGGCGGUGACUAUGAUCGCCAGCACCCUGCACCAGACGCGCAACUUCAGUCGCGAAAACUACGACACCCUUAUCACAAAGUGUGCACAGCACGCCAGUAAGCUGCUGCGCAAGCCCGACCAGUGUCGUGCGGUAUACCUGGCCAGCCAUUUGUGGUGGGCGACCCCGAUCGCGGCUAACGGCGAGACGGACGAGACCGAUCUUUACCGAGACGGGAAGCGCGUGCUCGAGUGCUUGCAGCGAGCACUGCGGGUGGCCGACUCGUGCAUGGAGACGGCGACGUCGAUCGAGCUGUUCGUGGAGAUUCUGGACCGCUACGUGUACUAUUUUGACCAACAGAAUGAAUCGGUCACGACCAAAUACCUCAACGGUCUGAUUGAACUGAUCCACUCCAACUUGUCGAGCAACCAGCAGGAGUCGCCGUCUGUUGAAGCCAGCAGAAAGCAUUUCAUGCACACACUGGAGCUGAUUCGCAGUAAGGAGUACGAGGGCAUUGUGCUUACGCCUAAAUGA